GUUGACUUGGCCGUUGUCAUGGUUACUUAAUUCGGCGGCGGGGGAAGCGAAUUAAUACAUACACAAGAAAAUAUCACAUUAUCAUCACAUUCAGUUUCUUGAACCGGUUUGGAAACUGGCUUUCGACUUGUGGAGGAAGACUCUUCGUCAAAAGUCGCGUAACAUUGGUGAGUGUCGGAGUGAAAUUCGUUCUUGGCAAAAAGUUAUGGAUAAAACAUGAAUCCGAUAACCGCAGAUCAAAAUAUUUCUCUUCAACCAAUUUCGUCACUUUGUUCCAACACGGAUUCCUGAUUUUGGGGAAAAGACAUCCGCAAAGAUGUCGUCACAAGAGCUUGCUGCAAUAUCGAAGGGAUGAUAAUCAUCUGCAGAACACUUCUCUUGCUCCUGCUCGUAACUUUUGUUUGCAGAACGAAAACAGAAACACAGUGGGAAAAUAAUAACAAUGAUGCGGAAGAAGAAGAGGAAGAGAAAAAAAGCUUGAACGCAGUGGCUGCCAAUGCGUCUUCGGAAUAUUCACGGUCGCCUGAUGAUGACGAAGCAGAAGAAAGCAUUAAUCCAACUGAAAUGCAAUUCGUUGAAAAUCGCAGAAACUAUCAGAAUGCCGAAUCGAACCUUUCGGAAUUUGAUCGACUAGAAGUUAACAAAUUUGCAAACGAUGCUAGUCCAGAAAAUACAGUAGAUCAAAGUUCGAAAAGGGAGAUUUUGGUGAAUCGAAUGGAAAAUGAAUCAGAGCUUGAAACAACAGCAUUUGCAUUCCAUACCACGGCUGAGGGUUCUGUUACUGAGAAAACACCUUUGUUUAUUGACGAUACUACUUCAACGUAUGUGACAACUGUUACAAAUAAUAGACAUAGAACUUUGAAAGUGACAGAAGUGCCUUUAGAUGUAGAUACAAGCAAAGAAGCCACUGUUGAUUCUGAUAGGGACUUAACCGUGUCUGCCAAUACUGACAAUGAUAAGAAAGUAACCCCCGGUGUUUUUCCGAUGUUUGAAUCUCGAACUGGAAUUCCAAAGUUUAGUGACAAAUCAUUUUUUCUUUCUACUGAUGUAAAAAUUACUUUGAAAGAUUCUACAAAUUUAGAAACUACGGAGAACUCAACGCAUAAUGAAUCAACCACUGAGAGCUCUGAUUGCAUUUUCGGUGAUGAAAAAUGUAAACGCUCAUCUAUCGUUCCUACAAGUAGUGUGCUAUCAAGAGUGAGAGAUAAGUUUCCAUUUUGGGCUUCGAGUUCACCUUCAUCACCAUUUCCAUCCAUAUGGAGCAGUGCGAAAGCACCAAAGCCAACCGACCGUGUAACUGAAGAUGUCCCUAAGACAUCGACAUUGGUCAAAACUGUGCCCGAUGUGAUUAGCACCACUCCGCUUUUCUUCCAAACUACCACAGCUCAAACUUCGGAAAAUGUGAUUGUGGUUGAAGGUUCAGUGGCUGAUAAAGAUGAAUCAGCGCAACAAAAUUAUUUGAAUAAAAAUGAUAAAGUGAAGCAGACGAAGCCAAAUGAAAGUGUUACAAAUUUAACGGAAGACAGACCAAUCAGAAACUUUCCAAAGAUUGUAUCAACAACUCCUAUAUUUGAUACAAGAAAGAAUUUUGACAACGAUGAAACUUUAACAACAAAAAUGUUUGACGCAAAAAAUGCAGAUCCUGACCUAGUGACGCUGCCAAAUACUCGUGUUUGGACAUUAAGUCCUAACCAAACUGCUUCUCAUAGCUCCCAUAUGAGUGACAAAAUAGUAGAUGUUGAUUCAGAAGUACUUUUUCCUAAACCUUCGCACGAAAUUUACAGCCCUAACUCUGAUUUAUUUACCACUGCUACUUGGUACAGUGAUAAAAGUGGUUAUACUCAUCCAGACGAUGAGAUUACAAGGGACUACAAACCAGAAAUCAAACAAAUUACUCCUCUUCUAUUUCCUUCCUUUCGAGAAACAACCACUCAGUUCGAAAUACAACGAGCUUCUAAGUCAAUGACAGUAAAAGCUUCAGAAGAUUUACCAUCUGUGGUAACCACUACGUCUUUCGUGUCUCACACGCCAGCCCUACAGCCUGAAGUCAAUACUCGCUUUCCAUAUAAAGGAGAUGACGGAGUGAGCCCCACCCCGCAAGUGGAGGAAUACGCUCCAUCCCCUCGACUCACCAACCCGGACUGCGUCAAUCUUCCUAUUUGCCUCGAGCUUACUCUCCGAAAGACCGGCUGGCAGGACUUCUGCACGCAGAUCCCGGACAUCCAGGCGUUUCUGGCCUCCUCCGUUUCCGAGUACAUCCGGCCGAUUCAUCCGCACCAAGUGAUACUGAACGCGGAGAAGUGCGUCAUCGAGUCGACGGUGAGAGACACCACGCACGUCUCGACCGGCUUUUACGUCACAGACGACACCGGGGAAUACGACGAGAGACUGACCGAGAUUUGCGGCGUCAUUCUUCGAAAGUGGGCACCCACUUCAUUUCGCAACUCGAUCGUUGAAGUAAAAUUUUACAAUAGCAUUCUACAGUCCACUUCAAUUCCUGUGAUUCCUGAACUAAACUCUGGAUUUAUAGCUGCAGUAGCGAUAUCAGCUGUUGCAGGUGUUGCCCUGUGCUUGUUGUGCAUUCUCUUGGUAAGGAUCGUCAUGAAACACAAACUUCUUCACAGCAGAAAUUCAGAGACUACUUCACCGUCAGCCGAUGCAUACAGUCUGGAUUCAUUGUCCAUCAACGCCAGCUUUCGAAGGAGGCGCACCAGAAGAUCUGCACGUUCAUACCUCAAUCAUGCAUUUAACGAUCAGGAAAUACCAUCCCAUCCUUUGAAUGAAAAAUCCUUACUGAGCAGCUUAAAAAACAGAGAUAUUUUAGAAGCAGAAUUCAAAAAAAUACCGAUGAACAUGCCAAAGCUAGACCAAAUUCCUGAAGGGGCGCAUGUGAAGAACCGAUAUUCUAACAUAUUACCAAAUCCAGAAACCAGAGUUGUUCUCGGAGAACUAAAUGGAGACCCUCUCAAGGGUUAUAUAAAUGCUAAUUAUGUUAAGGGCUACGAAGGCAAAGCAGCUUCUUACAUCGCCUGUCAAGCCCCUUUACCUGAUGGAAUAGAGGAUUUUUGGAGAAUGAUAUGGGAGCAACAGAGCAGAGUCAUUGUUAUGUUGACGUUGUUUGAAGAGAAUGGAACAUCGCGCUGUGCCUCGUACUUCCCACAAAGUACCCUUGUUGCUCACCCUCCAUACGGAGAUUUUCAAGUUUCACUGCUGAAAAAGGAAGUCUAUGAGUUCUAUACCGUUUCAACCUUGCGACUUUUAGAUAUGGAGAAAAAUUUGUUUCGUGAUAUCGUACAUUUGUGGUAUACAUCAUGGCCUGAUGUAGGAGUGCCAAAAGAUCCUUCUAGUUUCGUCUGUUUCAUGCAGCAAUGCAGGCCUUAUAUAAACUGCAAUUCAGGCCCGACGAUUGUCCAUUGCAGCACUGGUACUGGAAGAACUGGCGUCUUCUUAGCCCUCGACAUUUGCAUGAGAGAGUACGAUCAAUCCAGAUCCGUCGACAUCUUACAAUGCGUGUCUCAGCUGCGCAGAGAUCGAGGAGGAGCCGUGCAAAAUAAAGAUCAGUACUUCCUUUUACACGAGGCUCUUCUGGAAUACAUUUCUUGCGCUGCAAACCAGUCUCAACGACCAUCCGUCCAAAGCCUUGGUUCCUGAAGAAAAUUCGUCAGAAUCCUGAUUAAGAUGUGGCAAUAAAUAAGAAGCUCAGACUGUGGAGGAUAUAUUCGCUCAGCCUUUUGCGGGGACUGAAAUAUGUAUUGUUAUGACGUGUAAUGUUAGACGAAGAUUUGUAUAAAAGUGAAUUUUUAUAAUCUUGUUAAUUAAUUGUUGAGAGUAUUUAGUAUUUAUCAGAAAAUGAUAGUCUUUAUCUAUUUAUAUUAAAUGAAGGAAGCGAAUAAAAGGAAUGAUUUAGUCUUGUAGAA